AUGUCAAGACCCAAUUUCACGGUUGUGACAGAGUUUACUUUUGAAGGCUUCUCCAUCUUUGGGUGGCAUCACAGACUCAUCUUCUUUGUGGUCUUUUUGGUCUUAUACCUGCUCACUCUUGCCAGUAAUGCUGUCAUCCUGACAGUCAUCUAUAUCAGUCAUCAGCUUCACACACCCAUGUACUUCUUCCUGGGUGUGCUGUCCAUAUCCGAGACCUGUUACACUGUGGCCAUCAUCCCCCGAAUGCUGUCCAGCCUUCUCAUGCCCCAACAAACCAUCUCCGUUCCGGGCUGUGCCACCCAGCUCUUUUUCUAUCUCACUUUUGGUGUCAACAACUGUUUCCUGCUCGCAGCCAUGGGGUAUGACCAAUACGUGGCCAUCUGCAGCCCCCUACGGUAUUCAGUCAUCAUGGGCAAAAGGGCGUGUACACACCUGGCAAGUGGAUCCUGGACCAUUGGCCUGAGCACUGCUGUCAUUCAGGUGUCUUCUGUCUUCAGCCUGCCAAUGAAGAGAGAAAACUACUCUAUCAUCACUGAGUUUACUUUCCAAGCUUUCUCCAGUUUCCAUGAGCACCAGAUGACCCUUUUUGUGGUGUUCCUUAAACUCUACAUCUUCACGCUAGCAGGCAAUGUCAUCAUUGUGACCAUCAUCCGAAUUGACCGCCAUCUUCACACACCCAUGUACUUCUUUCUAAGCAUGCUAUCCACCUCAGAGACCGUCUAUACAUUGGUCAUUCUCCCAAGGAUGCUAUCCAGUCUUGUGGGUAUGAGCCAGUCCAUAUCGUUGGCAGGUUGUGCCACACAGAUGUUCUUUUUUGUAACCUUUGGGAUCACUAACUGCUUCCUGCUCACAGCCAUGGGGUAUGACCGCUAUGUGGCCAUCUGCAACCCCCUGAGAUACACAAUUAUCAUGAACAAGAGGGUGUGCUUCCAGCUGGUGGGGGGGGCCUGCAGCAUUGGCCUAAUUGUAGCAGUAACACAGGUGUCAGCUGUGUUCAGACUGCCCUUCUGUGCCACCAAGGUGGCCCACUUCUUCUGUGACAUCCGACCCGUGAUGAAGCUCUCCUGCAUCGACACCACUGUCAAUGAGAUCCUGACUUUGGUCAUCAGUGUGCUGGUGCUAGUGGUACCUAUGGGCCUGGUCUUCAUCUCCUAUGUUCUCAUCAUCUCCACCAUCCUAAAGAUCGCUUCAGCUGAGGGCCGGAAGAAGGCCUUCGCCACCUGUGCCUCCCACCUUACAGUGGUCAUUGUCCACUAUGGCUGUGCCUCCAUCGCCUACCUCAAGCCCAAGUCAGAGAACACCAGGGAUGAGGACCAGCUGAUCUCUGUGUCCUACACUGUCAUCACGCCCCUCCUGAACCCCGUGGUCUACACCCUGAGGAACAAAGAGGUUAGGGAUGCUCUGUACAGGGCUAUCUGCAGGAAACACUCCUGA